AUGUAUAAGAUUGAAAAUCUUUCUCUUCCAGCGUCAUUUCAGGAAGCUGCCCUCUGUGCCGAUGUGGAGGAGAAGCUGGUGAGUCACCUUCUGUCCCCAGAACGCUACAACAAGCUCAUCAGACCCGCCGUCAACACCAGCCAACAGGUCACCAUCUACAUCCAGGUGUCCUUGGCCCAGCUCAUCAACGUGAAUGAGAGAGAGCAGAUCAUGACCACGAACUGUUGGCUCUCACAGGUUUGGAACGACUAUAGAUUAAUGUGGGAUCCAGAGGAGUACGAAGGAAUCAAGAAAAUACGCCUCCCCUCACAGCACAUCUGGCUGCCUGACAUCGUCCUAUACAACAAUGCGGAUGGAACCUACGAAGUGUCCUUCUACUCCAAUGCUGUUGUCUCUAAUAACGGCGAAGUGAAUUGGCUUCCUCCUGCAAUCUACAAGUCGGCCUGCAAGAUUGAGGUGCGAGAUUUCCCCUUCGACCAGCAGAACUGUACGCUAAAGUUUCGCUCUUGGACAUACGACCACACCGAGAUUGACCUUAUUUUGCUGAGUGACUACGCUAGCCGCGACGACUUCAAACCCAGUGGCGAGUGGGACAUUGUUUCUCUGCCUGGGCGCAAAAAUGAAGACCCUGAUGACAUUCGUUAUCUGGACAUCACCUAUGACUUUGUGAUCAAGAGGAAACCGUUGUUUUACACUAUUAACCUGAUCAUUCCCUGCAUCCUCAUUACAUCUUUGGCUAUUCUGGUUUUCUACCUCCCAUCGGACUGUGGCGAAAAGAUGACACUUUGCAUCUCUGUCCUUCUGGCGCUAACUGUGUUCUUACUUCUGAUCUCGAAAAUUGUCCCGCCCACGUCUCUUGCAGUGCCUCUGAUUGGGAAGUACCUCAUGUUUACAAUGGUUUUGGUCACAUUCUCUAUUGUCACCAGUGUCUGUGUCCUGAACGUCCACCACCGCUCCCCCAGCACCCACACCAUGCCACCGUGGGUCAAACGAGUCUUCUUGUAUCACCUCCCUUCGUUUCUGUUCAUGCGGAGACCAGGGAGUUCAAAUAUCCGCGAGAAAUUCCGGAAAAAACACCAGCACCACUCUUAUACAGAUAAAAAGUUGGACAGGAGCUGCCCAUCUCCUAUCGCAGGCUCUUCCUCGUCGUUUUACGUGAAUGAGGAGUCGGCCAAGCGCUACGGCUGGAAGGGGGGUCUGUCGGACAACUCUGAGUGCAGGAAAAGGCUGACCCUCAAGAGCAACAUCGAUAUGGAGGACGCUGUGGAUGGAGUGAGAUACAUCGCAGAGAAGAUGAAGAGCGAGGAUGACGAUGAGGGGAUCAUAGAAGACUGGAAGUACGUGGCCAUGGUAAUAGAUCGCCUCUUCUUGUGGAUCUUCGUCAUGGUGUGUGUGAUUGGGACCCUGGGCCUCUUCAUGCAGCCACUGUUCCAGAGUUACAACACUCCCAUUGUUGAGGACAUAGAGCAGACUGGAAAAUAA